AUGCGAAGACCAUUGCCUCAUGCACCCUCACACCAACUAGUGAUGGGCCCAUCGGGUGCAGGCAAGUCAACCCUGCUGGAUCUUCUAGCUCGUAGGACCACACCAAGCGCCGGGAAAGUCUUGCUCAAUGGGGAAGACGACUUCGACAUAACUUCUCUUGCGUCAUACGUUGAACAGAGCGACGCUCUUCUAGGGGUGCUCACAGUGAAGGAGACCUUGUAUUUUUCUGCACGUCUCAGCCUGGACCCCUCGACACCGGCUGAUGUCAUCCACACGCGGGUAGAAGCAUCCCUUCGUGACCUCGGCCUCACAGAAGUGGCCGACAACCGCAUCGGGACCGCGAUUCAACGCGGAGUGUCGGGCGGUCAGAAGCGACGUGUGACUAUAGGCGCAUCACUCGUCACUCUCCCCCGGAUCCUCUUUCUUGACGAGCCAACGAGCGGCCUCGACUCUCGUACAAGCACCGAGGUGCUGUCUGCGAUCAAAACAUUCGCACUGCGUCAUGGGGUGAUCGUUAUUGCGACGAUCCAUCAGCCUAACUGGGAGACAUUCUCUCUCUUUGACAAGCUCCUCCUCCUUGCCCACGGUAGAGAGGUGUACUACGGCCCCAUUAAGCGUCUCGACGCCUACCUUGCUGAUGGCCUCAAUCAUCCCGUCCCCCUGCAUGCCAAUCCCUCCGACCACGCCCUGGAUGUCGUCAGCACUGAUUUCAUCACCAACCCCGACGAGUCCAUCUCACAUAUCGCACGCAUUCAAGGAGCAUGGGAGGACUAUGCAGCUAGCCAUUCGGAAUAUCACAUGCUCGACGCAUAUCCGCCUAUCGGGAACGGUAUGCGAGUGAAAUCAGAGGCGAAGUUGGUCCAAGGCUUCAAAAUUGGCUUGAGCCGGACCUGGUACCUCGUCCAGCGGAAUUGGAUCAACUACAGCCGCAACUUGCUCGCUUAUGGCGUGCGGUUGGGAAUGUACCUCGGCAUGGGUAUUUUGCUCGCCACCGUUUGGGUCAAUCUCCCUCAGACCUCGGCCAAAAUCAACGACCGCCUUUCCGUUCACUUCUUCUCCGUCGCGUUUCUCGGUUUCAUGUCCGUCGCCGGCAUCCCCGCCUUCCUCGAGGAACGCCAGGUCUUCAUCCGCGAGCGCCUCAACGGUCAGUACGGCGCUGGGCCCUACGUCCUCGCCAACUCUCUCGUCACGCUUCCCUAUCUAUUCGCCUGCGCGCUGCUCUUCGCGGUGCUCAGCUACUGGUCGAUCGGGCUCCACCCUGGCGCGGGCCCUUUCUUCCGCUUCCUCGGGAUCCUCUUCCUCGCUGUGUACGCGGCCGAGAGCCAAUCUGCGCUGAUCGCGGCGAUGGUGCCGAUCUUCGUCGCGGCGCUUGCGCUCGCGAGCUUCCUGAACGGGUUCUGGAUGUGCGUCGGCGGAUACUUCAUCAAGGCGGUCAACCUGCCGCGCUUCUGGUACUACUGGGCGCACUUCAUCGACUUCCAGACGUAUGCUUUCGACCUGCUGGUGUAUAACGACCUGAAGGGCCUUACGUUCGCGUGCGAGACGCUCGCUGACGGGUCAUGCUUCUGCGACUACCCGUCGUCGCUGAUAGCGCAGGGCGAGUGUGCGCUCGCUGGCGAAGACGUGCUCAAUUGGCUCGAUAUCAACGGGAUCUCGUUCAAGCUCUACGCGUCUGUUCUCUUGAUGAUCACCCUGGUCUACCGCCUUCUUUUGUUCAUCGUUCUCUCUUUGAAGAAGCGGUAG